GACGGCAGCGAGAGCGGCAGUGAGAAAAGGAAUCACGCAAAAAGAAGAGAAAACAAUCAGAACAGCAACAGUUUACAUCUCCAGCAAUGACGCCAUAAACAACAACCGACUGUCCGAACCCGAGCCGCCACAAUGGCAUCCCAGGUCCCUGCCGGCGCCGAAGGCACGGUGGCCGGCGUCAUGAUCUACUGCUGCAUCGCCUUCAUCGCCAGCUCGCUCAUGAUAUGGCUGACGUGGAUACACCACGAAAGAACUAGCUACGUUGCCCUGCUCGCGUACUUUGUCACUCUGAGCAUCGUGGCAUCGCUCGUCCAGCAGACGCACGAUGUUCUGCUGUAUGAGAGCGUAGUGAGGGAGCAGUUUGAGAACAGAAAGCGACACCCGGGCAACCCCGAGAUCGCCAUCGCCAAUGGCUCUGUCGGCAUCAGCCUGGUCCUAUACUAUAUUCAAUACUACUGCUACAAUGUCGAAGCCAUGUGUGUCAUGUUCUGGGCUGCUCAUCUGGCGCAGACUGCGGCCGCGCGCAGGAAGUGGAGCAAGCUCCUCCGGCGCAUUGACAGCGGCGGCAAGAUCUUCACCGUGCUGUUUCCCCUGACCACCAUCCUGCUCCUCCGGAUCCCGCAGGUCCAGGCCAGCUUCGUCGUCUUCAUCCUGCUCGCAGACCUACCCCUGAUGCUCAGCCUCUUCUUCGGCUGCGCCCUCAUGCUCGUCAUCUUUGCGCGCUACGUGCGGUCCAAGCGCAAGUUCCUGCACUGGGCCCCAGACAACAGCUACCCGGCGGGCGGCGGCGGCGGGUCCUCGACGCUCGAGAGCGGGAUCGGCACGACGACGACGCAGACGCGGGACGGCCAGCCCCCGCGCAAGCAGGGCAUCUGGGACAGGUGGCUGAUGGUGCGCUUCACCAUCGCCUUCGCGGCGCUCGGCAUCUUCCAGGUCACAAACACGCUGUUCCAGAUCAUGGCCGUCACCAACGCGACGGCCGACCUGGGGGCGCAGGAGCCGGACCUGAGCGCGGGCAGGGCCGCGGGCGCCUGGAUCUUCUUCAUGCCGGGCGUCACGCCGGGCCUGUUCAUCUUUAUAAUCUUUGGCACCACGGCACCGCUGCGGACGUACAUGUGGGAGACGUUCGUCCCCGCCAGGUGGAGGGGGAACGGCGCCGAGGCGGAGGCGGAGGUGGAGACGGAGGUGGAGACGGAGGCGGCCGCGGCGGAAACGGCGGCAGCGGGGGCCAAGGGACGGGCGGCUGCGGCGGGGCCUGACGGCGACGAGGUUGAGCCUCCGCCGCCGCCCAAGGAAAUCGGGAGGCACGGGGUCGCAUCGGAGACGGAGAUGCAGGUCUACGAGCGGACUGGACGGCCGAAGCUUGCCGAGGGCGGGCGGCCGGACAGCGACGAGUGGCCCAUGCUGCCGAUCAUGAAGAAUGUUGAUCGUUGACACUUAGACUAGACCUCUUCAGCUUCAAUUUUAGCCCUAGCAUUAGAAUGUGGCCGUGGCUUCCUCCUGGUUGCGGUUAGUGAGAUAACAACGACAGCAUUUAUACUAUAUGAC